AUGAAUCUCCAGAUUCUCUGUUCUUGUUUACUGUUCGGUACUAUCGGGUUUGGUACUGUUGGAGCCGCCACUGAGGAUCCGAAAUGGUCACCUGUAGAUCGAUAUGGUCAUUCCAUAUACGAUUCCGAGCUUCAGCCAGGUAAGAUUAUAUUGUUUUAGGUUUACAGAGAAGUUUAUUGCAUCGUAUCUUGAAUUCAUGGUGAAGUAAUAGACUAAUGAAGCUGUAUAUCCGCUUUACAGUAACAUACUGAUCAUUUUUACAUCUGUACGGUAAUAGCUUGUUAAUAUCUUUGAAGAUACCAUCGUAUUAAUGUAAAAUACCAUGGUAUAUCCAUCGCAACUCAGUACAUCGUAUCUUUUCCUUGUAGAAACGGUAAAACCAGCAAACGAAGACGAGGAGCGUCUGGUGAUUGACAUGUUCCAAAACUACAAUCAUUUGAUUCGCCCGACACCGUGCCACAACAGUAGCGUCGUCUUCGUGGAGUUUGGUGUAGCCAUGAUUCUGUUGAUUAACGUCGACGAGAAGAACCAGAUCAUGCAAACCAAUGUGUGGCUGACUUUGAAGUGGAACGACUGCCAGUUCAAUUGGAAUCCGGCUGAUUAUAGAGGUCUGGAGAGUAUGAGAGUACCAGUACAUCGCGUUUGGGUACCUGAUAUUGUUCUCUUUAACAAGUGAGUAUUUUGAUAUUUUAUUUAUUAUGUAUUUAAAAAUAUGUCUUCUGGGAGCUUUUUACGCUAUUUCGUUGUAAGAAUCGCCUUGCUGUAGUCAAACCCUCGUUAUCUGAAACUUUCUUUUAUGUGCAGCCUGCGGCGCGAUUUUCGAACUGCGCCCUUUCUUUCUAUGGGAGUAAGAACUAGCCUAGACUGUGCAGCUGUUUUCUGAAUAAACUUAUGAUGUUACGGUAAUUUUUAGACAAGAAAUUUAUUUUUAUAAACAUGUACGAAUAUAUAUUGUUAUAGCACUAUCACAACAUAUUUUCCCAAAUUUAAAAAACAAUUUUACUAAAAACAUCUAUUUAUAUCACCAAGCAAGAUUUAUUUGACUCUCUGGUCUUUAUCAUAAUUGGUUUUAUAUUGAGCGAGUGUAACAUGUUGAUGUUGUGCCAAACAACGUUCCGGGUAUUCGAAUACUGGUGUGUUUGUGGUCUGCUUCCGCUUAUUUUUCCGGCUUUUUCAAAUCGAAUUACCGGUCGUAACACGCUUUUUCCAGCGCUGAUGGCAAUUACGAAGUGUCAUACCACAGUAAUGUAGAAGUAGAUUACCGUGGCAAUGUCACGUGGGUACCUCCGGCCAUCUACAAGAGCUCGUGUCGGAUCGAUGUCGAGUACUUUCCAUUCGAUGAGCAGACUUGUCAGCUGAUCUUCGGGUCGUGGACCUACAACUCGGACGAGGUCAAGCUGAAGUGGUACAUGAACAAGAAGGCGGUCGAGUUGGAGGACUACAGCUACAGUGGCAUCUGGGAUGUGAUGCAGGCGCCCGGAGUGCUGGUGCAGGACAAAAGCAAAAUGCAGUUUCAAAUUGUGAUCAGGAGGUAAAUAUCAGAUGUUGAUCAUCUCUAGUAACAUAUAGUAGUAAAAGGGUGUAGUUGGGUCAAGGUAGGGUAGAAUACGGUAAAGUAAGGUAGAUACGAUCUUAUUUCUUAUAGUAAGCUACUACAUAUAUACAUGUACGAUAAUAACAAAGUCUAUUACAGAAAAACUCUUUUCUACACAGUAAUCCUCAUCAUACCUACAGUACUGAUGGCCUUCCUGAGUAUGAUGGUGUUCUACCUACCAGCUGAAUGUUCCGAGAAGAUUACUCUAGGGAUCUCUAUCUUACUGGCCUUGGUGGUCUUCUUACUUCUGGUAUCCAAGAUCCUUCCGCCAACUUCAGAUACGAUACCUCUGAUGGCCAAGUAUCUUCUCCUUACGUUUAUACUGAACAUUGUGGCCAUUGUGGUUACUGUAGUUAUCAUCAACGUGUACUUCCGAUCAGCCACGACUUCAGUAAUGUCGAAUACAGUAAGAGUAAUCUUCCUCGAGUUUCUGCCACGAUGUCUGAUGAUGAAACGACCUGAGAGGAUACCUAUAUUCAACGGUUACUUCGUCGAGGAGUACUGUGUCGAGGAGAUAUUCGAUGCCAGUAAGUGGGACUUACAGAUAUAUUUGAAAGAAGAUUCUGGAAUUGUUUUAAAGACAAUAUAGACGACAUAUCAUCUUAAUAUUACCAUAUUUCAGGUCUGAUCAUGCCCUCAAUCACAGCGACUAUAUUACCCUUCACAGAAGUGGGAAAGCGACGUCGCCCCUUGGUAGGCAAGCAUCACCAUAACUGUCAGGCACGGCGGGGUAAGAAUAGAACGUUCUCGACCUUACGAAGACCACCGCCCGAGGAAACCAUCGACCGACAGAAGAUACGAGACGCGGCCGAAGAUCUACUCAGCGGUCGAUACACGUUCGGCCCCAAGUUGAACAUGGAGGAGAAGAACGCCGAGUUCGGGCAUGAGCAGAGGAUGAGUCAGGACCUGCAGAGUACCGUGGAGAGUAUCGCUUUCAUCGCGGAACACAUGAAGUGCGAGAUGAGCGACAAGAAGGUAUAGUAGUGAGAGAGAUAGCUAGCUAAAUUAUUUAUUUUUUAAUGAAAAAUCAAAUCUUUAGGUAAGAGACGACUGGAAGUACAUAGCCAUGGUGAUCGACCGUCUUCUACUGUUAAUAUUCUUUGGUAUUACAUUUGGUGGUACCAUUGGUAUCAUCUUCUCGGCUCCACAUGUGUUUGACUAUGUUGAUCAGCAUGAAGUGAUCAAACGAUUGAUCGCGGAAAGCCGGUUGGACGCUGAAUCUGGGUUUACUUAG